CACACAGGUUCCCUUCAGUUCAGUGUCGACUCAAAUGGCUCGCAGCAAACGUAGAACGACUCGCUCGGCUGCGCAGAAGAAGCAGCAGAAAGAGCCUGCGCCGCCGUCGCCGUCGCCUGUGUCGAGCAGGUCGUCUCUGACACCCAUGCAGGACGAUGAACCAGUUGUGCCUACUCCCACGUCAGAGCCCAUUGAACCCCUCGGAAGAUCGCAAGAAGAGACUUGUCCAGACUGCAAGGACCAUCAGGCCUCAGAGGUUGAUCCAACCACCAAGGAUAGCUGGAUAAGAUGUGACGCGUGUAAGACAUGGUAUCAUUGGGUAUGUGCAGGGAACGGAGGAGACCCCGAUGCAAUAGACAAAUGGUACUGCAAGCCAUGCGUGCUCGAGAAACCAUCCAGGACGAUCACGCUCAAACCCCCUGCGCGUAAGUCAACACGCAAACGAACACAGCUCAACUACGCCAACUUGAACUCGGGCGUGGAUUCUGACCCGACUAGAUGGUUGCGCGUCAUUCAAUCAAAAUCAAUACAAGACGACCAGUUCAAGCGGAUGAACGGUGCAGACGUCGGCAUAGAAUGGCUUGAGAACGACAGCAAUGCGAUGCGUGAACCCAUAGUGAUCGAGAGCCCCGAAGGACUCGGAAUGAAGAUGCCGAGCCAAGAUUGCACGGUCACCGACGUUGCCAACAUGGUUGGUCGUGAAACCCCCGUGGAAGUCAUAGAUGUCGCCUCACAGUCAACUUCUCCAGGGUGGACACUGGGCAAAUGGGCAGACUACUACAAUCUCGAAUCAUCUGCGAGGGACAAGAUCAGAAACGUCAUUUCUCUCGAAAUCUCGUCAACCCCACUCGCAGACCAGAUCACACCUCCGCGGCUGGUACGAGAGCUGGAUUGGGUGGAGAAGUUUUGGCCGAGUUCACGGAAGGGGAAGGGACAUGCAUAUCCAAAGGUCCAGCUAUAUUGUUUGAUGGGGGUCGCAUCUGCGUGGACGGACUGGCACAUAGAUUUUGCAGGCUCUUCCGUUUAUUAUCACAUACUCCGGGGAUCCAAGGUCUUUUACUUUAUCAGACCGACACCAGCCAAUCUCGCCGCGUACGAACGGUGGUCUGGGACGGAACUACAAUCGAACGUGUGGUUGGGUGAUAUGGUCGACGAGGUGGUUAAGGUCACGUUGACUGCGGGGAACACGAUGAUUAUUCCCACUGGGUGGAUUCACGCAGUACACACUCCUGUGGACUCUCUAGUAAUUGGGGGCAACUUCUUACACUCGUAUAACGUCGCGACCCAGUUAAAGGUGCUGGAAAUCGAAAAGGCGACACAUGUGCCGAAAAAGUUCCGGUUUCCCAUGUUUACCAAGCUGUGUUGGUAUGUUGGAGAAAAGUAUCUGCGCGACCUAAAGGCAAAGGAAGAAUUUUGCCCGCGGGUAAUGGAGUCUCUGGAAGUAUUGUCUGGAUACUUGGUCUCUGAAGCCCGCGUCAUGGAGAGAGGAACUGAGGCUGCAAAGCGUGAUGCCAGGGACCAGGUCCCUACCGAUCGUGUCAAGGAUCCUUCGGCCCUUGCUAGAGAGUUGCGCUGGAGAAUCCGGAUAAAUGCGGGAACUACGAGCGAUGAUGAAGAACUCGGACGACCGGCUAAGAAAACUUUGGUAAAUGGUCAUGGCAUCAAGCGGAAACGGUCACCAGUGGAACUUCCGGGAGGACCCGUACUGUUCAAGAAUUUCCAGCCGAAGGAAUGGGACGUGGUGCUAGACUUGCUAAAUGAAGAGGAUUCGCGAAGGGUUGCAGCUCCGUAUCCCUCCGACGACGGAUGGCAACAGCAAUGGUCUCACUGGGGCGAUGAGUCCUUGGACAGCAAUACCCAUCAAGCAGCCUCCGUUGAGCGGAAACGCAACGUCAUCGCCAAGACGAGACGUAUAGAUGGUGGGCUGGAAAGACAACGGAUCGAACGGGUCUUUGAACGAUGGGUGUGGGAGGAUGGUCCUGUCGAUAUGAAGCCAGUUGAUGGGGAUGUGACUAUGGCCGUGGCUACAACGGAGUCGGUGGGUGGGAUGGAUGUGGACACACCAGAGGAUACUCCUGCCUUGAAACAGGAAGAGGAAGAACCGGAAGAGGUUGUCAAGGUCGACGGUAGUGCAGUAACAGUUGCUGCAUGAGCACAGACUACUAUUACUACCUCGGUUCUACGGAUUUGUUUAUUUCCUGUAAUGCUAUUGGUUCUUUUCACCUACAAACUACG